CUUACUCGCUCUUUUCCUCUCUCUCUCUCUCCCCCUCCUCUAUCUUUUUUUUCCCCCUCUGUGCGUACGGCACUGGUCUCUCCAUUACCUCCUGCUCUGCAUUUGUCCUCAGUCGCGUGCGCUUUUCUGCACCGCGUGGAUGGAUGGGAGUGGAGUAUGAGCACGUGUGUAUCAGUACAGGGUGGAACGAGAGAGAGAAGGCAACACUGAAGCAGACUCGAGUAAGCGGCUCGGGGAGCGCGUGAGAGACCGAGGCUGAUCAGUGCUGCGCGUGCAUGUGUGCCCAUGAUGGAGCUGAAAGACAGCUGUGGCAGCGAGGGUAGCCAUGAAACAGAAAGCGCUGGCACAGGCAACCUGUCAGGCCCCUUCUCCUGGCACUUGUUUGCCCAGCGCAGCACGCUACAUGGACUGCGUUACGUCUUCCCAGCCCGUCGCUCCUCGGCACUGCGACGUGUACUCUGGAGCGCAGCUCUACUGGCCUGUCUUGGUCUGCUGGCACUGGAGGGUGCGGAGCGCGUAGCCCACUUCCUAUCAUAUCCACAUGUGGCUAGUGUGGGCGCUGUGCCUGCAACGAGUCUGGUGUUCCCUGCUGUCACCGUGUGCAACCUGAACGCCUACCGCUUCACACGGCUCACGCGUAAUGACCUGUAUCAUGCAGGAGAAUUGCUGGCACUGCUUGACGUGCAUCUGCAUGUGCCCGAGCCACAGCUGGCCGAGCCCCACGUGCUUGACUUUCUCGCAGAGCGCGCCAAUUUCAGUGGCUUCCGGCCCAAACCGUUUAGCAUGCGCGAGUUCACUGAGCGCGUCGGCCAUGACCUACACGAGAUGAUGCUUUACUGUCGCUACGAGGGCCAGGAGUGCAGCCACCGGGACUUCAAAACCGUGAGUCUCCUGUUUUUAUUUUAUUUUAUAUAUAUUUUUCAUGGCUUUGGAGAGGCAGGAAAAGCCAGACUGAGUGUUCUUGAGGCCUGUGGUUGGAUGUAUAGCCGGCGGCUCAUCACUUUUAGGUGGGUUGGGUGUUGGACUCUUAGCGGAUCAUUUAAAAUGUUUCAUUAACCCUUGGAUGGAUUUGAAUGGAUUAU